AUGAAGCGUUCUAUGGAUAGUGAAGAUUGCUUUAUGAAAAAAUUCAAGUACUAUAAAUCUAACAAACCAAAGCCCUCAUUAGAGGAGGUCAUAUCUUUAGAAACCUAUAAAUUUGCUAAAGAGGUCGAAAACAUAACCUUUACUGUAAGACAUGAUUCAAGAACGAGAGCUCUAGGUUUACAUGACAUUUCUAAUUGGAAAGCAGUUUCGUUAAGCAGACACCCUGGUUUUAUUAUUAUUAAAAAUCCAUUUACUAGUUUAGGACAAAGGUACUGGAUAAGAAAAUGUUUGGAAGAAUAUGCUAAAAAGCCCAAUAAAAGGAACAUUGACAUAGACACUGAUGUAGAUAAUUGGUGGGAAGAGUGCUUUAAGAACAAAGAAGUAGAUAGGAAGCUACAGAAGAAACUGAGAUGGGCAACUUUAGGAUAUCAUCAUGAUUGGGACACAAAAGUCUACAUUGAAGAUAACAAAGGUGUAUUCCCAGCAGAAUUAGCUGAGUUAUGUGAUGUUAUAGCCCUCAGUCUUGGCUACAGUAAAUUCAGAGCUGAAGCAGCAAUUGUAAAUUAUUACCACAUGGGAUCUACAUUAUCUGCUCAUACAGAUCACUCUGAAGUGAAUUUGGAGGCACCAUUAUUUUCAUUAAGUUUUGGUCAAUCUGCAAUAUUUUUACUCGGUGGACAUGAAAAGUCAAUAGAACCCUCUGCCAUUUUACUGUCUAGUGGUGAUAUAGCUAUCAUGUCCAAAGAUGCACGUCUAUGCUACCAUGCUGUACCAAAAAUAUUACCCAGCUCAAAACAACCGUGGAAUGAUCCUACUUCAGUUGAAAAAACUGAUGAAAAUUUUAAAUACAUAAAGGAAGAUGAAAUAAUUGAUUCAAUGAAUAGAAAUUUGAAAGAAUGGACAAAGUUCCAGGCAUAUGUUGAAGAGUCAAGAAUUAAUGUUAAUGUGCGACAAGUACUAAAUGAAAAUCAAAAAUGUUUAUAA